AUGGAUUCUCUGGCUGUGGUCGCCUCACUCCUGGGACUUUUGUGUCUAGGUCCAGUCAAUGGGGGCCUCAGUGAUGAUUACAUGAGCAGCGGAGAAGCGCCAUAUAUUAUUGAACAGCCACUGGAUGUCACAGUUGCUAGACAUCAACCAGCUACUUUGAAUUGCCGAGCUGGAGGAUCACCAGCUCCUACAAUAAGAUGGUACAAAGCUGGAGUUUUAGUGGUGUCAGAGGCGCAUAGGAGUAUUUUACCUGCGGGUGGGUUAUUCUUCUUACGAGCAACUCAUGGGAGAGCUCACUCGGAUGCUGGUGUUUAUUGGUGUGAAGCUACCAAUCCUUAUGGAACAGCUAGAAGUCGAAACGCAACUUUACACGUUGCUGUUCUUCGCGAAGAAUUUCGUUUAGAACCAGUGACUACACAGACAGCACAAGGAGAAACUGUAAUAUUAGAAUGUUCACCACCACGCGGUACACCCGAGCCAACGGUAUAUUGGAAGAAAAACGGACAGAUUCUACAUUUCGAUGGAGAUGCAAGAAUGCACUUAGUAGAUGGAGGAAGUCUUGUUAUACAAGAUGCAAGACAAACUGACGCGGGUAGAUAUCAAUGCAUUGCAAGGAAUGCCGCUGGCACUAGAGAGUCUGCGAUUGCUACGCUUAGAAUACAUAUUAAGCCGUAUUUAAUUGCGGGGCCCGAGGAUGUUGUCGCUCAAACUGGUGGAAGUGUUAUUUUCCAAUGUAGAGUGGGUGGUGAUCCUCUCCCUGACGUGCUGUGGAGAAGGACAGCCAAUAGUGGUAACAUGCCACUCGGUCGUGUCAAAAUCCUUGACGACAGAAGCCUCAGGCUUGACAAUGUUAUUUUAGCAGACGAAGGGGAAUAUACAUGCGAAGCUGAUAAUGCAGUUGGUGCAGUAAGUGCUAGCGGAUACUUAACCGUUCAUGACCCACCAUCUGUCGUGUUAAAACCAAGCUCCGUUAUAAUAGAAAGUGGCGAGCUCGCAAAAUUUACUUGCGCGUCAACAGGAAAACCAGAACCAACAAUGUUUUGGAGCUUGGAAGGAAAUAGAACAAUUAUAUUACCGGGUACGUCAAGAGGAAAAUAUCAUGCCUCGUCUAUAUUAGAUGGUGUAACUGUAUUAACAAUAAAUAAUACAAAUAAAAACGAUAGUGGCCACACCAUAGUUUGCUCAGCGGUAAACUUUGCUGGCAGUUCGAUUGUCAGAGGAAAACUAACCGUCACAUCAGACGAUGACCGCCCACCGCCAAUCAUAACAAACGGUCCCUCUAAUCAAACGUUACCUAUAAAAUCGAUGGCAGUUUUCCCCUGUGCAGCCAUCGGCACACCUGAACCAGUCAUCGCUUGGUACUUUGAAGGGGAAGCAUUAAUACAAAAUCAUAGGAGAAAUAUUUCUAAUGAUGGAACACUUAUUUUAAGAGAUCUAAACAAAGAAGAUAGCGGAACUUAUACUUGUGUUGCUUCCUCUCAGCACGGAAAGUAUGUUUGGAGUGGGAUGUUGCUCGUAGACAGUCCAACAAAUCCUAACAUACACUUUUUUAGAGCAGCUGAUACCUCAGCAUUACCAGGGCCACCAACUAAACCACUUAUUUAUAAUAUAACUGAUACAAGCGUUACUAUAACGUGGAACCAAAAUAAUAAAAUAGGAUCGUCGUCAAUUCUUGGCUACCAAAUAGAAAUGUUUUCAAGAGAGACCCUUUCAGGAAAUAAUACACCAAGAAAUUCUCGCGGGUGGGUUGUUGUUUCUAAAAGAGUUCAUCAGACCCACUACAUAGUCAAAUCCUUAAUUCCUGGGAUAACCUAUAUGUUUAUUAUAAGGGCGGAAAAUUCACACGGCCUGUCGGGGCCAAGCCAUGUAUCGGAGGCUGUAACAGUCGGAGAAGAUACAAAUUCCUUGUGGGAAGGAGGACUAUACACAAAUAGUACAGAAUUUAAAAAGAAUAUUAUGACUGACAAUAUUGUAGAACUUAUUGAAGCCACACCUAUUGAUUCUAAAACAAUAAAACUUAUGUGGGAAAUAUUGAAUUUCUUCUACUUGGAAGGUUUAUUCAUAUAUUUUAAGCCACUUGAUAAUAAAACAACAGAAUAUGAGAUAAAAACUAUAUUACAUUCCAAUGAUGUGUCCGGGUAUGAAAUAACAUCUUUAAGAAAAUAUAUGAGAUACGAGUUCUUUUUAGUGCCUUUUUAUAAGAAAUUUGAAGGAAAACCUUCUAAUUCAAAAAUUGCUCAAACGUUAGAUGACGUUCCUGACGGGCCUCCGACAAACAUUGAAAUGUUUAUUUAUAAUACAACGACAGUACACUUAAAAUGGCAUCCUCCAGAGCCUAAUAUGCAAAACGGUGUUAUUACUGGAUAUAACGUCGUUUUAAAUUGGUUGGAUAUACCUGCUAAUAAAUCGAUGGUCGCUAUAAAUACAACUGUUCAUCAAGCUACCAGCUUGAUAAUGACAAAUUUAACUUCCGGCGUUAGUUAUUCCGUACAGAUUGCGGCUGAAACUAUUGUCGGCUUAGGUCCGUUUAGUCAAAAAGUUUAUUUGAACAUUGAUUCCCGUUCUGUCGGAUUAGACCCAUUAUCGAGAUAUCCAGGCAAUGGAGAAGUUUCAAUAGUUGCGGGAGAUUUUGUAAUGGAAACGUGGUUUUAUUUUUUGAUUGGAGCGAUUGUCUUAUUUAAAAUUGUUAUGAUUGGUGGAAUACUCUACGUAAGGAGGCACAAUAUAUUCGCGAAAAAAUCUGCACUUCCUAAUAUAUAUGAUUCAAACGGAACAAGCUUAGUGACUCAAAUGAAUAUAAAAGCGGCAGUCUCGUUAUCACAUCCACUUAGCAGUUGUUACAAUAAAAAUGCGGUUACAAAAACGGAGUCCCUUUUAUGGAUGGAAAAUCAACCCGGAUUGUGCAUGUCAGGAAGCCAAACGAAUCAAAGUAAAGAUAAAACUAAUUCGGAAUACGACAAAGUUACGCCACAAUUGCCUGAAUAUGCAGAAGUUUCAGCUGCUAGGGUAAACGCUAAUGAAUGGAAUACAACAAAAACAGCUACUUCUCCUGCUGCCUACGCUUCGGUUACGCUCGUCGCGAAUACCAGACAAUGUGUCAGUUCUUUGGGCUGGUUUCCUGCAGGAACUAAAAAUAUUGAUAAUUAUGAAAACCGCUAUCCACCAGACGAAGAACUUUAUCCAGCUAGUAACGGUGGCUAUUACAAUCGAAAUGUAUACAGUGAAAAAUAUUUUCAAGGUCACCCUAAUGUGCUUAAAUUUUAUGAUCUGCCAUCUUUAGAAAAAACACAAAAGGCUCAAAUUAGAUAUAACCAAAGCUUAGAAGAAAGGAAAGGAGAUAAAAAUGUAAAAACGGACGUAACGCAAUCUUUGAUAGGUAGAAGUUAUGGUGUGAGUUCUCGGAAAAAUUCACAAUCAGAAACGACAUACAGAGCAUUUGGAGAGGAAGAGUCCGAUGAUGAUAAUUACGGAGACGACGGUUGUUACGAUGAAUUACAGGCGAUGCAGCCACAGCGUCAAAGACCCAAACAUCAAUACGAGAGGCCUAACUUUGACAACGAUGCUACAAGGACAUUGGCUCGAUUGACGUCUUUUAAGCAUGGACAAAAUGUUCUAAGUGAAACUCAAGGAUCUCAUACACCCAUUCCCCCUCCACCCGCUCCCCACCCACGGGUAGAUUCAGUGACGCGGUAGUAUCACGCCUUGCCGGUUUUCGGCGACUUGUGCCAAACGGACGUAUAGAUGGACAUCUUAGUGCAC